AUGCCCUAUCACAUAGUGAUUAGUGGUGCCUCAUCUGUAGGCAAAUCAACACUUGCUCAUGAAUUAUUAAAAAAAUUUUCUUAUGAUCACAAAAAAUAUAAUCGAUUUAUACAUAUUGAAGAAGUUGCUCGUAAUGUUAUGCAAAAUAUGCAUAUUACUCGUCAAGAUCUUCAAUCCUACAUUUGUAAUAAAAAUCAACAAUUAUUUGUCAAUUUUCAAGAUCGAAUUAUUUAUGAACAAUUGAAAAAAUUUGAUGAAAAUAUUCAACAAAAUUAUAUAUCGGAUAGAUCAGCAUUUGAUGCUCUCGCCUUUAUCGAUUCAUAUUUUAAUGAAGAAUCUGCUAUGAAUAUAUUUAAAAAGAAAGAAUUUAAUCAACGUAUAAUUCAACAUAGUCAAAAAAGCUAUAUGUUUCUCGUUUUACCACAACAAACAUUACCAGCCACGAAUGAUAAUGUUCGAUUAGUAUCAACAUAUGAAGAACAACAACAAUUCACUGAAUUACUAAAAAAAUGGUUUAAUUAUGCUAAAUUACCAUAUUUUAUUAUAACAGAACUAGAAUUAAAGAAACGAAUUGAAUUUGUUCGAAAUGUAAUUAAUGGUCAUUUUAUAUAUUAUCCAGAAAUAUCAUUACCACUCAAUCUUCCGUUUCAAUUAGAAACACACCAUAUUCAACAUUCACAAUCAGUAGUACCACUAUUUCAUGUAGAGAAAGCUCCCAGCACCGAUCAAUCAUUUAUACGUUAUAUUACAAUAUUAAAUAAAGAUGAGAUUAAAAUAUCAUAUAAAUUAUAUGAGAAAAAUCGGUUUAUUGAAAAAUAUGAUCAUAAUUGUAAAAAUAACAAAUUUAUUAUAUUAGCAUUUGAAAAAUCUGUAGAUAAAUUAUUGAUUGAAAAUAUUCUUUUGAAUGAUAUUAUUAUUAAUGGUGUCAAUUAUUAUUUUGUUGGAUGUAGUAAUAGUCAACUAAGAGGAGGUGCAUGUUAUAUUUAUCAAGGAACAAGAGAAGAAAUUGAACGAAUGAUAUUAGAUAAUGGUGAUUUUGAUAAAAUAAUAAAUUUAAGUAAGCGAUUAGCAAGAAUAGGUUUACUCUUCUCAAGCGGUACACCAACAGUCGAAAUUUCACAAGGAAAAGUAGAAGAAAUUGAUGAUGUUGAAAAAAAUGGAUAUUGUUUUACAGAUGGGUGUGGAAUAAUUGGAAAAAGUUUAAUGAGAAAAAUAUUGAGUUCAGUAGGAAUAAAAGACGAUUAUGAUAAUGAAACUGUUAAAAACAGACCGUGUGCAUUACAAAUUAGAUUUCAAGGUUGCAAAGGUAAGUCGAUUGUAAAUUUUGUUUGGCAUCAACAAAAAUCAUAUCAGUGA